GACACUGCUGCCCUGACUUGGCCCAGCUUCCAGCUCCAGGUGACCAACACGGCCCCUUUUGCCAUCUUGCGGGGUGCUCCAGUUAGUGCUCCAGUUAGUGCGCUUGUUUCUGGGGCUCAGGGGCCUCAUUCGAUGCGGUUGGCCAAUAUCUGGGGGUGCGAGCUGCAAAGCCUUUCACAAGCUCUAGCUGGAUGGAGAUGAUGCCCCGGACGAAUUGGGCCGAGGAGAUUUGAUUCUGGGGCCGCUGCGUCCAAGAUAAAGACCCAUUGCACCCACCUGCGUCUCCUGGCCUCGACCGUGUUCGUGUUGUUUUCCUUGCACCGUUCUCAACUCUCCCCUGAGCCUCAGCCCGGAUCCAGGCAGAGCGCCGACAGCCAACCCUUUGAGUCAGUCAACCUAUCAAGCUACCAUAAAAACAAAAAAUGCGUUUCUUCCUCAGCGGAGCGGCCCUGCUCGCGGUGACCACCGUGGUGGGCGCGUCGCCGACAUCUCCUGCGGCCUCCAGCGCGACAACCGACGUGGAGCCCAAGGAGGCAGCCCAGACAAAUGCGGACAUCUUCCCCAACAUCUUCGGGCAGGACGAGCCCACCGAGGCCAGCACUGCUGAGCCAGCUGCUACCAGCAAGCAGGAAACCGAAGAGGAAGGCAAACCCACCCAGGCCCCUGCGGCCUCGACUGGCACACAGGCCCAGCAGAACACUGCGAACCAGAACGCUGCGACCGAGACCGAGCAGCCCAACAUCAUCGACAGCAUCGCCGAUGGCUUCACCGGGACCAGUGAUGCGCCCCCUGCCCAGACCAGCCAGGCUGAGGCGGGCGAGAGCACAACGACCAAGCCCGAGCCCACCUCGUCUAGCUCAGCCUCCGACUCCGAGACAACCAAGGACCCCAACAUCCUUUCCGGCUCCAGCAGCUCCAGUGACUCCAGUGACUCGAGCAGUGGAGGCUUGGACGGCCUUGGACCUCUCGGGGAUCUGCUCGACGGCGUUGGUGGUCUUCUGAACCCCAAGCUGCUGAGCCAGAUCACGGACACUUUCGAGUAUCUGUCUACUGGUCUUGCGCCCCCUGUUGACACCAACCUGCGUGUUCUCCUCUCCAGCGAGAACACCAAGACCCUCAACAAUGUCAUCGGUAACGCUGGCAAGCUGCUCAACGAGAAGAACACUCAGACUCUGUCCAACAUCCUGGGCAAGGCUGAUGGCCUCCUCAGCGACCGCAACCUCAACAACCUGCAGAAGCUGCUCGACAACAUCGACAAGGUCAACAACGUUGUCGAGAACGCCGACAGCCUGCUGACCCCGUCGUUCGUCAAGAAGACCGACGGUCUGAUCGACUCUGCCUCUGGUUUGUUGACGCCCAAGACGACCAAGUCUAUCGAGACUCUCCUCGAGGCCGUCAACGGCGUCCUGCCCGAGCUCAAGGGCUUCCUGACCAAGGAGACCUUCGAUCAGCUUGGCAACCUCCUGACCCAGGCCUCCAGCCUGCUCACGGACAAGACCGUCGACAGCCUCAAGACUCUCCUGACUGCCGUCAGCGACUUGAUGCCUUCUCUCAAGGGUCUGCUUACCAAGGCCACCAUCGACGAACUCAAGGGUCUGCUGUCUUCUGCCAGCAGCCUGCUCACCAAGAAGAACGUCAACUCCAUCGAGACUCUCCUGGACUCUGUCAACGGCAUCAUGCCCGAGCUCAAGGGUCUGCUCACCAAGGAGACCUUCGAUCAGCUCCAGAACCUCCUCACCCAGGCCUCCAGCUUGCUCACGGAGAAGACUGUCAACAGCCUCAAGACCCUUCUCAACGCCCUGCCACCGCUCAUGCCCGAGCUCAAGGGCCUGCUCAAGCCCGAGACCAUCAAGAAGCUUACCAGCCUGCUCAACGAGGGCAGUGCGCUCCUCACGCACGACUUCGUCGAGGAGACGCAGGGUCUUGUUGGCUCCGCCAGCGACCUCCUCACCCCGCAGCUCGUCAAGUCCCUCAAGGGCAUUCUCGGCCAGGUGGAGCCUCUCCUCCCCGAGCUCGAGAAGCUGCUCAAGCCAUCCGUCAUCAGCUCGCUCGGCGACAUCCUCACGAACGCCCACGAUCUUCUGGACCACAAGUUCGUGAACGAGACCCGCAGCCUGAUCGACGGCGCCACCGACCUGCUCUCACCCUACGUCCUCGGCGGCCUGUCCGAGCUCCUCGGCGGCGUCGUACCGCUCGUCCCCACCAUCAAGAAGGACUUCCUCGACGAGGACACCCUCGAGGGUCUCUACUUCGUGCUCGGCAACGCCACAAACCUGCUGACCACCAAGUUCGUCGACGAGACAUCCGACCUGAUCGACGGCGCCAGCGACCUGCUCACUCCCGAGCUCGCCAAGAGCUUGAAGGGUCUGCUUGGCGAUCUCGACGACUCGAUGCCCCAGAUUAAGGAGCUGCUCGAGCCGUCCUCCAUCAAGCAGAUCCAGGGUCUGCUGUCGAAUGCCGCCGGCCUCCUGACCAAGCCGUUUGUGCAGAACACCACUGAUAUCAUCUCGACGGCGUCUGAGCUCCUGCCGGCGCUGACGGGCAUCCUUGGCUCGCUCUGAACCGAGCUAUAGGUAAUGUUUCCAGUGGUUGAUUUUGUUUUUCGGUGUUAUGAGUACGGUAUUUACGAGUAUCCUAUGUACUGAAGUAAUGUUUGCUUUUCCUUGUCUGGCGGGUGUAUACACCUUGCCCUAAUGUCAUGCCUGAU